UGCGUACAAUGGUCACCCAACCAGAAGGAUAUCGGAGCUUACUCUUUAACAAUUUUAAAUAACAACUUAACUUCAUCUUCGGGGCUAUUUUCCCCAAUGCAGUCUAUAGUUAGAACAAUGACGGGGAUAGGUAAAACAUGUAUAAAAGGCCAAGUUGGCAAAGAAACAUUUGACCAGUGGUGGCCUGGAUAAAUUGUUAUUUUUUUUGUUUUAAAUGUAUAUUGUGUACGAUUACUCGUGAAUGUGAAAUAAUUUAAUGUGUCAUUGCAUCACAACUUGCAAGUGAUUUUUAAAUAAACACAAGCCGCCGCGCCAUGGGUAUUUAAAAAUGUAGCUCACAGCAUGACAGCUAGGGACUGUGAUAGGAUUUAGGGGAAACCAUAGGGCCUUUUUCACAACUGAUAGCCCAGGAUAUUGGAAACACCUUGCAUUAACACCAUUGUCCAAAAUAAGCACAAGAGCAGUCGCCACUAUCAUCCGAAGCCGUUAGAUCCACUCCCCAGUGUGCCAAUAUGUUCAGCAGUGUGGCUAAUUACCUGUUUGGAUCCUCUCUGCCAGAAGAGGAGUCUGCUCAGGAAAUGGAGCUGGAAACGUCAUCUGCCAAAGAUGAAGACUGGCUGCUUGUCAAUGUACAAGAUAAAACUACGUGUGUCACUGUGCCAUCAGUAUGUCGUGUGUCUGGGCAUUCUCCCUAUAGUAGUGACAGCGACACAGGUUUGGGCCAUGGCACACCCAGCACGUCUGGUGCCUCCACGCCUAAUUCCAGGUUUUUUGUGCGCAUGCAUGAAAGUUGGAUUUUAACCCCCCCUCCUUGUUUUACUCUAGGCGGCCCAUCUUCACAAGUUGCAAUGACGGAGAUGGAGAACCUCCUGAUAGAACACCCUAGUAUGUCCGUAUACAACAGUCACUGUUCUCGGGGAAGUUCGGGGGAGGACAGUAAUCUCUCUGAGUCUUCCAAUGAAAAUCUCCCCAAUGUUGUGGCCAAACGUGGCCUCCGUCCAAGAAACAGUAAAGGACAAGUUGUCCGCCAGCCCCCACGACGACCCAGUGCAGUCGCAGCUCGCUGCGGAAUCCUUGCUCAAGUUGAGUCCAUGAAAUCUGCUCAGCAUGCCAAACACUACAAAGAAACUCGCAACCUCUCAAAAAGCAGCUUGAACAGACACAACAAAAGCAUAUAUCGCCAGGGUAAGAAAUUCAGCCAGAAAACCCGCGUGCAGACCCCUGCAGCACGCAACUUCAACUCCAGACAGAUGAAGCACUGAAAGUGAUUCUUGGAUAGUCCCUAACAAAUUUGUCUGAAUUAAUGAAUAGUUACAAGUUUAUGUCCUUUUCCAUUGUAUUUAAAUUUAGGUGAGUUGGGAAAACUUUUAAGUGGUUUAAGUAAAUUUUCAUACAUCAUUUUUCUGCACACUGUCCUUGUGUCAAAGACAAGCAUUAAUUUGUAUUGCCUGUUGUUUUGUAUGUAGAGUGUAGUCAUUUAAGAAAAAUUAUUCCACUGUCAUAUGGAACUAAAAAAAGAAUGUGUAUACUUAGAUAUGUAUAAAUUUAAACGUUGUGAAAGAAGAAGCUAACUUUCUUGAGGUAUAUGUAUAUUAAGAAUACAUGUAAAAUACUAUCAUGACCCAGCUAAAAAUCUGAGAGUUGAAAACAUAUAUAUGGAUUUUAUAUAUCAAAUAGUUUCGUCUAAUAUACUGUAAAUGCAAAAUCUGUUUUGGUGCAUUAUUAUUAACAUAAACCCUCUGUUACCAAACCAAGAAAAUCCAAUUAUUGUAGAUUUUUUCAAAAUAUUUAUCCACCGAAUCGUAGCUUGCUUUUAUAACAAAUGAAUAAAAAAAAUUUUUCUGCCUUAUAUAUCAUUAGUUGUAUUUGUCAUGUUUGUUGAAAUUUUUUUAAAGAAACUUUACCGCCUGUUGCAACUCUUAAGAUAUUGUAAAUAUGAAACAUCAGCAUUUCAUGUGCAAUAAUAAGGUUAUAUAUGUAUAUUUAUAUAUAUAUUGUAUCUCAGUUAAAGGAAUUCUGAGUGGAUACUGGUUAUUUUAGCUGUUACUUGUUGCAUAUUAACAUGUUGAUUUUUUAAGAUCUCAGCUUGCACAGCCAUCAAGGGGUCCUUCAGUUAUCAUUAAGCCAUCUAUGCAAUUAGGACCAUUUGCUUUUAGUCAAAUUUUAAUGAAAUAAUUCUUUAUUUUAAAUGUCAAUGAAUAUGGUGCAUACUAGAAAAUUGUAAGUUUCAGCUCAGGUGAAAAGUAAGCAUAUAGCGAGAAUGAAUGCUACAGAUUAUAAAGUUAUGAAUGUAAGAAUUCAGAAUUGUAUGACAAAAGGAUUAUUGUAUCUUUAGAUUGUAGAAUUAGCAAUACAGAGGGAGAACUUUUACAUGUUUGUAUUACUUUUCUGUUCUUGCCAUGAUGCUAUGAUCAGUGAAUUUUCUACCUUUAGAACACGAGUAAAUAACUUGGUAUAUGUUAACAUAUAUCCCAUCAAGUGUGUCCACCACAUGAAAUCAUACACUGUUGUCUGUUUGUUGUACAUCACACUCAAAAAUUACAGAAAAUGAAUGAAUUCAAAUAGUAAGGUUUAUCAAGCUACUUCAAUUGCUUGUAAUUUUGUAGGAAACAGAUUUCUAGUUUGAAUGUUUACAUUUGUAUUUUGGGUAUGUUUAUAUAGAAUCUCUAAAAAUGAAGGAGGAAAGUGGAGGUGAAAUGAUUUAGACUCAGUGUGAAAUAUGUAUCAAACGUUAUUUAUUUUGUCUAUUUUAUUGCCAUAUUAAAACUUGCAUUUUUUAAAA